AAGUUGAUUUUGGUUUCUGUUUUUUUUAUGAUUUUCCUUUAACACCCGUUUUACGGUUAAAUAAAACCCACCGUUAUUCCGUGAGAAUCUAAAAUAAACAAAAUGAACAUUCCCUCGCUGCAUGUUUGUUAUUCUCUAACACAUGAGAAUGAAAAACUGCAAAUCAAGUAUCGCAAACUUACAUCUAAAUAUAAACAGUUACUUAAGGACUAUAAUGAGUUAAAAAAUCAACAAUUAAAAGGUUUUGGAAGUUCAAAAGACAUUGAAAAAAAAAGCAUAGAAUCAUUAAAUCAAGAGAAGAGUAAUGCAAAUUUAGAAAAGUUAUUAGUUUUACACACUGAAAUGAUGGACCAGCUUGAUCGAAGAACUAAAGAUAAUAAAAAUUUAGUUCAAGAAUUUGAAAAACUUGAGGCUGAGAAUAAGAAGUUUAUAAAUCAAGUUACAAGUUUGAAUCAAGAAAAGGAAAAUAUUCAAAAACAGCUUGAAUUAAAAACAUUGCAACUCUCAAUUCUUUCAUCAAAAUUUAAUAACAAAUUUAAAGAGGAUCACCUAAAGCAAAUACUGAUGUUAAAAAAAGAACUAAAAAAGUUACAAGCUGAAAAUAAUCGUCUUAAAGAAGAAUUGAAAGGUCUUGACAUUGGAUUUUUUGAGGAAAUUGAAGAUAUGAAGUACGCUCUGCAGCAAUCUUCUAAGCUGAAUUCUCAUUAUGAGCUUGUAUUGAAGCGUUUAUGUAAACAGUUUGGAUUACACUAUGAAACUACAUUAGAAAACCAAUUAAAACAUUAAAAAUAAUAGUUCACAAGUUUUUAUUAUUUAUUUUAAAGUAAAUUGAAAAGAAAAACAGUUCAAUAAAAAA